AAGAAGGUUUCGCUUGUUCUAGAAUUUGGGUCUGGGUAUCCUGGAAACGGAGGUCAACUUAAGGCUGAAGGAGUCAUACACAUUACAAAUCAAAGAGUGAUCUUUCUUUCAAAACCUACUGUUGAACAUUUAAAAUCAUUGAGUAUUCCAUUGAAAAAUCUUCGAGAUGGAAAACUUGUUCAACCUUGGCUUGGUGCAAAUUAUUACACGGCUACUGUGAUUCCGGUUCCAAAUGGUGGAAUGUCCGCUCCUGGAACUAUAAAAAUUACCUUCAAAGAAGGAGGUGGAUUUGAAUUCAGUAGUAUAUAUAGUCAAAUAAUACAACGGAUGGCAGAACACGAAAGCAAUAUUGCGCCCGAGACUUAUGAACAAUUACCUGUAUACACACCACGCGAAACUUCUGAAAAUGCAACAACCACCACCAGCAUUCCUUCAAAUGCGAUUUUGUUAGUGCCGUCACCAAACCCUUUUAUCACACCAAUUCCAACGGCAACAAUACCUGAACCAACUCCAGAAACAAGCAGUAAAAGCAGAAAACCUUUUGACAGAGAAGCCUUUUUGGCCAAACAUAAAGUGCGAAAAAUUCAACCACACGAGAAGGAAGCGUCAACCUCAAAUUUGUCGGUAUCGAGUACAAAGGCUAGAAAGGAUAUUUCAUCUACUUCAGCAGGAGAUGACCAAAAAAAUACUGAAAGUCGGUACAAUCGGAGGAGUGCAACCAUCACAAAACCAACGAAUCUUGGAUUCAAUGUCGCGAAAAAACCAAUCACAGGCAUAGCUAGUUCAUCAUCCACAAUUAACAACAGGAUAAAAUCUAUAAAUUUGAAACCAGGCAUCUCUUCAUCUGCACCCUCGAUCCUAUCCAAAUCGGAGUUUUCGACGUCACAAAAAAUAUUACAAAAAUCUGACAUUUUACAAAGUCCUAAGCCGGUCAUAUCCGGAAAAAAUUCAAUAAGACCAAGCAUCGAACCUAUAAAAAAUUCAAUAUUAACCUCGCCAUUACAAAAUACUGAUGUUUCUGGUUUCAAAAAUCCACGCAAAGUUGAUGCGGCAAAAGUGGCUAAGCUUUUGAAUUUUGCGGGCCGGAAGAGUACCAAACAAAAAAUUAAGCCGCUUGCUGAUACUACAGCAACCGAUGAUCAAAACAGAAUAAAGUCUCUUGUCGAUAUCUGCAUCUCAACAAUCAUUCGAAAUAUUGAGAUGCUGAAUGAUAUUGGCAAUGUUCCUAUUGAUCUUUUGAGACCUGUACUCAAAUCAGUGAGUGCCGAACAGCUCAAAAGAUUACAGGACAAUUCGGAGGAGUUAGCAGAAGUCUCGAAUGAUCUCUGCUUAAGAGAGUUUCGAAGUGAUUAUUUGGCAGAUAAAAGGAUCAGGGAGGAGUUAUAUAACCAUGAGAAAUUAUAUUGGGAGUUAGACAAGGAACGAAAAACAAAGGAGGAAGAAGACGAGCGGAGGAUUCAGAUUUUGGUCGAGAAUACGCGAAAGCGAUAUGCGAAGGAGGAGGCAAAGAAGGAAAAAAAGAAGAUUAAAGUGUUGCCAGUUAUGCCUUUACCUAGAAACAGGAGUAGCCGACAACAAAAGUCGAUAAUACGAAAGUUAUUUGACAGUACCCCGAGGAUUGAUAGGCCUUUUCGAACUUCAGCGGUUGCUACUACUUCAAGAAGUGGGUCUACAACCAUCACUCAUUCAUCGACUUUUGCACGAGGAGCAGGUUCAAAUGGCAGCACAGUUCACUCUACAGUUGUCAGGAAUUCCGUAACAAGUGUGUCUUCUGUUCGGCUUGCUGGCGUAGAAAGACGCCAAAACAGCAAUGAAAGAUUUCUCCCAUAUCGGAGAUUAGAAUCUCGAAUAGAAGCAAAUUCGUCACGUUUGAGCAGUCAAGGAGCAAUUUAUUCUCGUGAAAGAUUACAAAGAGAGGAGAAACGGAGAUAA